UAGGCGCCAAGACGGCGUAUAAAGCUCGGGUAUAUAAUCGUGUGCAUCGAUCCCAUCCUGGCCUCUCUUGAACUCGACCCAAACUCUUGCCCAUCAUGAAGUUACUGGGCCCAUCUGUUACCGUCGCUUUGUUGGCUCAUGCGAUCUACUCCUGGGGGACAUAUAUAUACCACAAUGCCAUCGUCUUCGGCUUCCUUCGUACCAAUCCCGUGAGUACUUUUGUUCAAGGAGAGGACAUUCAGUACAUUCCCGACACUGUUCACUGUGAAGACCUUCACUAUCAUGCCCCCAGCAAGACCCUCUUUACGGCUUGCGAGGACUAUCCCGAGACUCGCUUUCAGUGGUUUCCCCCCUUGACCAACUUCAACGAUUCGUCAAUCCUUAAAACCUACCAUGGUUCUCUGCAUGUGAUUGACCCCGAAACCAAGAAAUCCCAGCGCCUUACCGUGGACAACUUCGACGGACCUUUCAUCACCCACGGGAUCGAGGUUCUCACCAACCCCGAGCAACCGAAUGCUGUAUACAUCUACGCCGUCAACCACCUUCCUAACCCUGAGCCCGUCAUAGCCAUCCACCCUCCACCGGCAGACGUUCCCAAAGCGCGGUCUCAAAUCGAGCUUUUCCACCAUGUCAUCGGCACCACCACCGCCACUCACCUUCGCUCCAUCUGGCAUCCUCUGAUUCGCACUCCCAACGAUCUUGUUGCCACAUCCCCCACAUCCCUCUAUGUGACCAACGACCACCUUUACCGGGACCACGGCCCCAUGCGCUUCAUGGAAGAUAUGUACGCCAAAGCUGAAUGGACCGACGUCAUCUACUUGCAGUUCUCCCUUGAAGCCCCCUCCACUCCCGCCGAAACAGACGCUGUGGCCGGCGUCACCGCCCACGUGGCACUAGACAAGUUCCACAACGCCAACGGCCUAGGCCACGGCCGGUACGAGAACGAGGUAGCCAUCGCCAGCGCCGCUUCCGGAGUGCUGAGCAUCAGCGAGCUACCAUCAUCGCCUUUAUCAAAGUCGAGCAUGAUCACUGUGCUCAACCGGAUCGAGUUUGACUCCACCAUCGACAAUCCCUCGUACUUUUCCGACCCCUACGCCGGCACGGCGGACGGCGUCGACCACAGCGGGUUUGUCGUAGCCGGUUUAGGCAAGGCACAUACGCUGGCGCAGACGCGCAAGCAGCCGGAGGCCAAGGAUCCGGUCAUGGUGUGGUUCGCGAAGCCGGUCAAGCAGGAAGAGAACGGGAAUGUGAUUUGGGAGAAGAGGCUGUUGUUUGAGGAUGAUGGGACCAGGAUUAGGAGCGCGAGCGCGGCGGUUUUGGUGGCUAUUGACCCGGAGAAGGAAAGAGGGAAAAGAAAGGCAUGGUUGUUCGUUACGGGAUUUGUAUCGAGUAGUGUGAUUGCUGUGAAGGUUGACUUGUGAAGUGAGUGAUGAAAGAAGGCGGGAGAGAUGUUGGCUGUUGGGCUGUAGAUAUUCAGGGGCUUGAGCACGAGCCAUCAGACCAUGAUGCUUUGAUGGCUCGUGCACGAACAGAAACCUCGAUGAAUGAUACAAUCAACUCAAGAAUCCACUCGGCGUUAUUCAAGCAAAUACAUCGAGGAAGAUGUUUUCGUCAGUAACAUAUGGUUAGACGAGGGUAUUGUACACUAGUGGUUCACAAAAUCU